AUGAGCGCCUCGGCGGCCGCCCCCCCGAGGCUGAUGCCCGGCGUGCCCCCGGAGCAGGCGGCCGCCGCGCCCCCCGCCAGCGCCGCCGCCGCCGGGGCUGCGCCGCCCGCGGGACUCCUCGGCAGCGGCCCGGCGCCCGCCCGCGGCAGCGUCGCGGCCACGGCGCCCCGCGGCUCCGCGCCCGCUGCCCCGCCGCCGCGCGUGGUGGGCGGCGGGGUGCGGGCGGCGGCGCCGCCGCCGGUGGCUCCCAAGGGGCCGCCCACGGCCACCAUCCAGUUACCGGCCAACUUCCAGCUCCCGCCAGGAACUGUUCUUAUCAGAAGCGGUAAUGGCCAGCUAAUGCUAGUAUCUCAACAAGCAAUAGCACGAGCACAGAGUCAGCCACAAAGUAACACGAAUGUAAGACCAUCUGUACCUACCAGCACACCUGCAGUCAGAAUAUGUGCUGUACAGAACUCUGGCACCCAAUUACUAAAGAAAGUAACAGCUACUCCUGUGAAAAUAUCGCAAACAACAAAUUCUGUGGCUUCUACUGUUCAGCCACUUGCUGUAAUACAGCCAGCAGCUGCAACAGCUAGUGUUACUACAGUUACUGCUGUAAAGCCUUCAAGUACUGGAACACCUGUAAAACUUCCAGUUACAGGACCACCUGCACAGUCAACCUCCCAAAAGACAGUUUCUGUGAAAGCAGAGGGCACAACAGUAGCACAGACCAACACUUCUGCAGAAAUGCUAGAGAAUGUGAAGAAAUGCAGGAAUUUUCUUGCUACGCUAAUAAAACUGGCAUCUAGUGGACCUCAAGCCCCUGAAAUGGGGCAGAAUGUGAAGACUCUGGUGCAAAAUCUGUUGGAAGCAAAAAUAGAACCAGAAGAAUUUACAAAAAAGCUAUAUAUAGAACUCAAGUCUUCUCCACAACCAUAUUUAGUUCCUUUUCUCAAGAAAAGCAUGCUUGCCUUACGGCAGCUAAUGCCCGAUGCUCAGAGCUUUAUCCAGCAAUGUAUGCAGCAGCCAGUUUCCACCCAAGAAACUGUUUCAACUUGCAUCUCUGCAGUGCUAACUCCUUCUGUAGCAGUGGCAACCUCAGCAGUAGCAACAACUUCUCUUCCAACUAUAAAACCAGUGUCGUCCUCUGCAGCAGUCACAGCCUCUCCAGUUAUAAAACCGGUCCUUUCCAGUGCAUCAGUGACAGCUUCUCUGCAAGCUGUGAAACCCAUUCUUGCCUCCGCGGUGGUGACAGCCUCUCUUCAGCCUGCGAGUCCAAUCCUCACCACAACAGUAGCAACGUCAGGGCUCACUGCUGUCCAAACGGUAAAGCCAGUCUUCACUUCUGCAGUAGCAACAUCGUCUCUUCAACCUGUGAAGCCCAUGCUGGUCUCAACAGUGGCAACUUCUGCACCAACCCCUAUUCAGCCUUUGAAACCAGUCAUUGGAACCCCAAUCAGUAUUAAAAUCUCACAGCCAAACUCCAUUGUUGCGCAGUCAGUUGGUACUCAGCAGGUGGUUAAAGUGAAACAGUUGGUAGUCCAGCAACCAUCAGGAACCAUUGUAAAGCAAGUAUCCACACUCCCACAACCCUCAACGCUGACCUUCCAGACAUCAUCUGAAAAAAGGAUGCCACUGAAUACGCUUGUUCAAACUAACCGGUUUCCUGCAGGUUCCAUUCUGAAACAAAUUAACCUGCCAGGAAAUAAAAUACUGUCACUUCAAGCAUCUCCUGUUCAGAAAAAUAAAAUAAAAGAGAAUGGAACAUCAUCCUUCAGUAAAGAUGAAGAUGACAUAAAUGAUGUGACUUCUAUGGCUGGGGUCAAUCUUAAUGAGGAGAAUGCAUGCAUUUUGGCAACGAAUAAUGAACUCAUUGGUACAGUGAUGCAUUCAUGUGCAGAUGAACCUUUUCUCUCCUCAGAAGCUCUUCAGAAGAUGAUCUUGAACAUAGGUAAAAGGCAUGACAUUAUGGAACUUAACUCUGAUGUUGUGAACUUGAUCUCCCAUGCUACACAGGAGAGAUUACGAGGGCUUCUAGAAAAGCUAACUGUAAUUGCUCAGCACAGAGUAUCAACCCAUAAGGGGAGUGAUAAGUACAUCGUAUCUAGUGACACUAGAGCACAGCUGAAAUUUCUUGAAAAGCUUGAUCACCUAGAAAAGCAAAGAAAGGAUGAAGAGGAACGUGAAAUAUUGCUGCGAGCAGCCAAGAGUCGCUCCAAUAAAGAAGAUCCAGAGCAACUGCGUUUAAAGCAGAAAGCAAAAGAGAUGCAACAGUUGGAGUUAGCACAAAUGCAACAGAGAGAAGCCAACCUCACGGCUUUGGCAGCCAUUGGACCAAGGAAGAAAAGACCUUUGGAGUCAUCAAAUGUUGGGUUAGAGGGUUUGAACGGCAAUGGAAUUGCUCCUGGAUCAUCGGGUUUUAGCCUUACAAAACAGUUGCUUCGUCCAAGAAUAACCCGUGUCUGUCUCAGGGACUUGAUAUUCUGCAUGGAACAAGAAAGAGAGAUGAAGCAUUCUCUAGCCUUGUACCGUGCUCUUUUGAAGUGA